GUCAAGAUUUAGGCGAUCACAUACUGGCGGGAGAGGGUGUUUAUUCUCUCUCAAAUUAAAUAAUAAAAGGAAGAACAUAUUUGAAACUUUGUUAACUUGGGCAUUCUUUAAUUAAAGCUUUUCAGGAUCCAUCCAAUUAGAGGGCCUUGUUUACUGUCGUAAAGCAAAGAAUGGCUGUAUAGUUAACUUACAUCCGAGACUAAUUUUACAAGCCGCCAGUGACAGUAAAUGUCCGCAUCUGUACGGCGGGUUAGUCUGCCGAUACAUGCCGUGAAACAUCACCCUCGCCAGCACAACUUAGCCAGAUAACUAGUCUUUGCUGUGCUACGGGGGAGUUUGGGGACUACUCGUGCGAGCUGGGCCAGGGAUUUUGGGGGCACUAAACUUCCGCAGGCACAUUUGGGAGCCAGCUAGCGGGUUGUUUUUGUCGAGCUUCUCGGUCGGCAGGUCGCAGCAGUAAUGGCGAAGGUGCAAGUGCUAAACGUCGCGGUGCUGGAUAACCCGAGUCCUUUCGGAAACCCCUUCCAGUUCGAGAUCACGUUCGAGUGCAUGGAAGAUCUUCCCGAAGAUUUGGAAUGGAAGAUCAUUUACGUGGGUUCAGCGGAGAGCGAGGAGUAUGAUCAGACCCUGGACUCAGUUCUGGUGGGCCCGGUACCUGCUGGGAGGCACAUGUUUGUGUUUCAGGCGGAUGCUCCAAACACAGGCUUGAUCCCGGAGAGCGAUGCGGUGGGUGUGACUGUGGUGCUGAUCACCUGCACGUACCGCGGCCAGGAGUUCAUCCGCAUUGGAUACUACGUCAACAACGAGUACACCGACCCCGAGCUGCGAGAGAACCCGCCCCUCAAACCCAACUAUGCACAGCUGCAGAGGAACAUUUUGGCCUCGAACCCACGCGUUACCCGCUUCCACAUCAACUGGGAGGGCUGCCCCGAAAGGAUGGAGGACUCUGAAAAUGUGGACCCUGCCCCCAAUGCCAUGAUGCCCCCUUCCUGCCCCCCUGGCAAAGCCCCACCCCUCAACCUAAUGCCCGACAAUUCCAUGGACUGUUUAUAGAGAAAAGGAAAGACUGAUCUGUCUCUCUCUCACACAAACACACGCACACACACACUCACACACAUACACACGCGCACACACACACACGCACACAUUGCCUUACAGCACUUGCCGUGCUCUGCCUCUGCCGCCCCUCAUCUCCUGCAUCAUUAGGGCAGUGUGGUCGUACACCUCCGGUCCAGCAGAGGGCAGUCUCUCGCACAUGGGAGGGAGUCUCUCUGGAACAGAACCCAGUAUCUGCAGUCAGUACACUAAUAUCUUCCUCAUGAAGGAGAGAAAGGAGGCCUUUGUACAUGGUUUUGUUUUGGUAUUAUAGGAACAUCAGAGAUUAAAGAGGUGUUUUCGUACACCAACCACAGCCCCUCCAGUUACAGGUUAAUCAUUUCUGCAUCCUCAUUGUAGUAAGCAGUGGUUGCAUUGGAACUGCAGUCGAUAUGUUAGAUGUCGGGACAUUGGACAAUCACAGGCGCAUGCAGUGACAGGAAAAAAGGGCAGUUCAUGCAGGUCCCGGGCUUAAUAGGGGACAGACAUCUGUGUAUAGAGAGCAGCUACCACCAUAAGCCCCUCUGCCAGGACAAAGCGCCCCUUUGCACAGUGCUGUCAUGGCCUGUAUGUGAUUGGUGCACAUUGCGUUUUAUAGGGUCUGUUAUUAUUGGGGCUCAGAACCACAUGCCAGGCUGGUCUUUUUAGGGCAGGCAGACUGAAAGCGGGGGCUCAGCGGGACAGAGAUGAGCUGACU